AUGGCUCGACCCAUGGGGUCCGUCCGCCUCAAGAAGGCGAGCCCAUGCACCCUCCUCCUCGGUGCCAUCCUGUGCAUCUUCAUCUUCAUCUUUCUCGUCUCGCCCUCCAAGUCCGGCCCCAUCAGCCGCAUCCCUUCCUUCACGGCCUCGCAUCACCUCUCGCCCCCGACGUCGCCCUACAAGAAGCAGAGCUCCCGAUCGGCCAACGACCUGAAGCCGCCGCCCGUGACGCGUUACAACCUCAACAAGGUGACGGUCACGUCGCAGCCCAUCAAGAACCGCGAGCACAUCCUCGUCCUGACGCCCAUGGCACGCUUCUACCAGGAGUACUGGGACAACCUGAUGAAGCUCGACUACCCUCACGAGCUCAUCACCCUCGGCUUCAUCCUCCCCAAGACGAGGGAAGGCAAUGCCGCGACGGCCGCGUUGCAGAAGCAGAUCGAGAAGACGCAGAAGCGAGGCGACGAAAGGCACCGUUUCAAGAGCAUCAUCAUCCUGCGCCAAGACUUCGACCCUCCCCUCGCUUCCCAGGACGAGAGCGAACGGCACAAGCUGUCCAACCAAGGGAUACGGAGGGCGGCCAUGGCCAAGGCACGCAACUCUCUGCUCUUCACCACGCUCGGCCCGUCCACCUCGUGGGUCCUCUGGCUCGACUCGGACAUUGUCGAAUCCCCGCCCAGCCUGAUCCAGGACCUGGCCCAAUACGACAAGUCCAUCAUGGUCGCCAACUGCUUUCAGAGGUAUUACAACCAAGAGCGCAAGAGGAUGGACGAGCGGCCGUACGACUACAACAACUGGCAGGACAGCGACAUUGCGAAGCAGAUGGCGUCGUCCAUGGGCCCCGACGAAAUCCUCCUCGAAGGCUACGCCGAGAUGGCCACCUACCGUACCUUGAUGGCUUACAUGAGCACGCCCGACGGGGAGAAGAACCUCGUCGUUCCGCUCGAUGGCGUCGGCGGCACCGCCUUGCUCGUCAAAGCCGAAGUCCACCGCGACGGCGCCAUGUUCCCACCCUUUGCCUUUUACAACCUCAUCGAAACGGAGGGCUUCGCGAAGAUGGCCAAGAGGUUGGGCUGGCAGCCGUAUGGGCUGCCCAACUACAAGGCAAGUGAUUCAAUCCAGCCAACUGCUGGCGCCGAUUCGAGCUAA